CAAUGUUUGCACGGCGUUUUUCACAUGCUGUUCACAAGCAUGUUUUGCCUGUAGCUAUAGUGUCUUGCAAACGUUUCUUUAGUGUAAUUCAUUUGUACUCGAUCUCAUAUCAGAAUAACGGGAUGGUUUUGAUGAAGCCACUUCUGCUGGAUUACAGUCAGGAUGUUUUGUCCGCAGGGGCUGCUGGUUUGAGCACUGGUUUGUUUGUUUGUUUGUUUGUUUGUUUGUGGGUGAAACAAGCGGAAUUUAUCAUGGUUGGCCGGGUGCCAAAUGGAGGCGCGACAUAUCGGUCAGGUCACCGAGGAUACUAAUAGUGAAGAAAUAAUGAACUCUUUUAAUUGUUCUUAUCUUUAUUCUUAAGAUGCAACUUUGCUUGCUGGUGUGUUGCUGUGUUAGAUUCAGCCCUGAUCCCGUUUAAAACUCUCGCUGCUCUUGCUUCAUUCGGAUCGCUUCAGACGGAAACGUGUGGUCUGUAAGCAUGGCAGGCAUUCCCAAAUCUUUCACUCAUGUGUUCAUAGGCUUUCUAAUAACUGUAAUCUCAAGAUUAAGAGCCAGCUCUCUGCAGCAGGUUUUCGUGAAGGAUAUUGUAGCUGUUUAUGGAAAAAACGGUUCACUGGAUCUCAAUGGCAUUAACAGUUUAUUGGAGACAAUUGUGCAAGACAAAUUGGAUCCGAACAUUCCUCUGCAUGCUCAGUGUGUGUCCGGAGAAGAUAUUCUGGUGCACUAUGGGCUUCAGAACCUCUCUCAUCUGACAGAGGAACAUCUGGUCACUGUCUGCCCGGCUCUGCUCAACCAAGCUGUACUGCCACCCUGUUCAACUGAACCUCCAGUACACAGUGACACUGAUCUGCGUGUAUGGGGAUUUGGCUUCUUGGCAGUUACCAUCAUUAAUCUGGCCUCACUGUUGGGUCUGACUCUCAUUCCCGUAACUAAAAAGCCCUACUUCCCCAAAGUGCUCACAUACUUCAUUGGUCUAGCUGUUGGCACGCUCUUCUCCAAUGCUGCUCUCCAACUUAUACCUGAGGCCUUUGGAUUUGACCCAAAAGCAGACGGUUACGUUCUCCAAGCUGUUGGGAUCUUUGGAGGAUUCUAUGCGCUGUACGUCACUGAAAAAAUCCUGAGGAUAGUCCUGAAACCAGAACAUGAGGGCCACGGACACAGUCACUUCCAGCCCAUGGAGGGCAUCCAACAGAAUGGCGCCAUCAAUACGGUGGAUUCUGACUUCAACUUUGCCAGUAGUGACAAAGCAAGCAUAACCUCUGACCCUCCAGUGGAGCAGGGGUCCUGCAGAUGGCUCAGAGGAAGACGGCUGGCCAGCGUGAAGACUGUGGCAUGGAUGAUUUCCCUCAGCGAUGCUCUCCACAACUUCAUUGACGGACUGGCCAUCGGCGCUUCGUUCACCGUGUCUGUUCUCAGCGGCUUUAGCACUUCUAUCGCUAUCGUCUGUGAGGAAUUCCCUCAUGAGCUGGGCGACUUUAUUAUCCUGCUGAACGCAGGGUUGAGCGUUCCACAGGCCGUCUUCUUCAACCUGCUGUCUGCUAUGUCCUGCUACUUGGGCCUGGUCCUGGGCAUCUUGUUGGGUAGCACUUUUGCGCCCAGCAUCAUCUUUGCCUUUGCUGGUGGCAUGUUCCUUUACAUCGCCUUGGCUGAUAUGGUAAGAGCAGUGUGUUGA